CCAACAUGGCGGACAAGAUGGCGGCGGCUGCCGCUUCCCCUCAGCCGCAGCCGGUAUCGGUCCCGCCGCCCCCCGAGGCGGAGAACGGCUCCCGGGGGACCGACGGGGAGGCGGAGGCGGAGGAGUUCGGUUGCCCCGCUCACUGCACGGACCUGGCUUGGCGUCAGAACGAACAGCGUCGCCACGGGCUGUACUGCGACAUCACCCUGGCGUUCGGCGGGGGGCGGCACGGGGCCACCCGCGAGGUGCGCGCCCACCGCUCCGUCCUGGCGGCCGCCACCGAGUAUUUCACCCCCCUGCUUUCAGGGGGGUUCGCAGAAUCGCUGUCGGGACGCGUGGAGCUGCAGAAAUGGAGCUCGGAGGGAGGGCCCGACCCGGACACUGUGGAGGCCGUGGUGGGGUUCAUGUACACGGGCACCAUCCGCGUGAGCAACGGGAACGUGCACGAGGUGCUGGAGAUGGCGGACAGGUUCCUGCUGACCCGGCUCAAAGAGUUCUGUGGGAAGUUCCUGAAGAAGAAACUCAACCUCUCCAACUGCGUAGCCGUUCACAGCUUAGCCCACAUGUAUUCCCUGAACCAGCUGGCCCUCAAAGCUCAGGAUAUGAUCAGGAGGAACUUCCACAAGGUUAUCCAAGAUGAGGAGUUCUACACAUUGCCCUUUCACCUCAUCCGAGACUGGCUCUCGGACUCAGAGAUCACAGUAGACUCGGAAGAAAUCCUCUUUGAGACCGUUUUGAAGUGGGUUCAGAAGAAUCCUGAGGAGAGAGAAAGGUACUUUGAAGAUCUCUUUAAACUGCUUAGAUUGUCUCAGAUGAAACCUACUUACCUUACUCGCAAUGUCAAAUCCGAAAGGCUGGUUGCGAGCAACGAAGCGUGUGUUAAAUUAGUGUCUGAAGCCGUGGAGAGUCACGCCUUGCGCUCUGAGAACUUGCAGUCUGGUAAUCUACAACAUUCCACCUGUCCAGUAGGGUUGUUGCCGCGUUUUGGACAGAAUAUGGAUGUGAUUAUGGUGAUCGGUGGUGUGUCAGAGGGAGGAGACUACCUGAGUGAGUGCGUUGGGUAUUUCAUUGACGAGGAUAGGUGGGUGAACUUGCCGCACAUCCACAAUCACCUCGACGGGCACGCAGUUGCUGUGACAGAGUCUUACGUGUAUGUGGCUGGUUCCAUGGAGCCGGGGUUUGCCAAGACUGUAGAAAGGUACAAUCCAAACAGAAAUAUUUGGGAGCAAGUCUCCAAUCUAAUAACCAGAAAGCAUUCUUUUGGCCUUACUGAAGUGAAAGGGAACCUGUACAGUAUUGGUGGGCAUGGCAAUUUCAGUCCUGGCUUUAAAGAUGUGGCCAUUUAUAAUCCUGAACAAGACAAAUGGCUUAACCUGGAGUCGGCACCAAAGAUUCUUCGGGAUGUCAAAGCUGUUUCUGUAGAAGAUCGGUUUGUUUAUGUUGCUGCACGUACCCCAGUUGACAGCGAUAGCGAAGAUGGACUGAGGGCGGUUAUUAUCAGAUAUGAUGCUGAAACCAGGCAAUGGCAAGACGUGGAGUCACUGCCCCUCAUUGAUAAUUACUGCUCGUUUCAGAUGUCAGUUGCUAACACAAACUUUUACCAUACGGCAUCGUGCUGCCCCAAGAGUUACCCGAUAGAUAACGAGGAGGCCAAGAUAAAGAUCUCUGGCAGGGCCUCGGAUGAAAUACUUGAGAGCUUACCCCCAGAGGUGCUUAGCAUUGAAGGAGCAGCUAUUUGUUAUUAUAAAGAUGAUGUUUUCAUCAUUGGGGGGUGGAAAAACAGCGAUGAUAUUGACAAGCAAUACAGGAAAGAGGCCUAUCGUUACUGCGCCGAGAGAAAGCGCUGGAUGCUUUUGCCUCCUAUGCCUCAGCCUCGCUGCAGAGCAACGGCCUGCCACGUGAGAAUUCCCUUCCGAUGCUUGCAGGGAACACAAAGAUACCCUAUGCCACAAAAUUUGAUGUGGCAAAAAGAUAGAAUAAGGCAAAUGCAGGAAAGGCAGAUGCAGGAAAUACACCGACACUCCCUGAGCUUACGGCGAAUGCCACGCUCACAGAUCGAGUGUUAGUUUCUGGAAUAUCACUCCUGACGAGUCUAGGAAAUACUGUGCUAAACCGGUUUUGUUAGGCUUGCUAUGUCUUUAUAAGACAUGAAGGUGUGGAUCGGAUUUGAUGCAUAAAACCAGCGUCUUCUGUGUGUCGAAAAUUAAACAGUUCUGAAAUUGAUGGGUGGGAAUUGAGAAACUGUGUGAGCCCAACACUGUUACUUAGUGGUGCCCGGGAAGAAACCAUAGCCUGUAAGGGGCUCUGGAAUAUCUUGGGGAGCGUUAAGCCUGUUAGUUCUUUGUUCAGAUCUUUGUUUUCAAGGAUUACUGUAGAGUUAGCCUCUAACAGUUCUAAUUUGAAAAUCAGAGAUCACUAUCUUAAUAAUUUAGUGGUUAUAUUUGUGUGUGCUGGAAAGCACCAGUUUAUUUGCACUUAUCCAUUGACAUUCCUUUUACCCUCUCCUCCUCAGUGACUAAACUUCACGUUUAUUUGGUGUUUGUGCGCUUGGUUUUCCCAAGUUGGAGGCAAGUGCAAUAGUUAGAGCUAUGUCUGCAGACAAAAGCACAGUCUUUCUUUAUAAACUUACUUCAGGAUGUUUCUAUGUGUAUUAAAUAUUUUGUACGUUCCAGAAUGGCUGCAGAGUUUGUUUGUAAAUGGGUGAUUGAGGGAACACCAGACAUUGCUCAAACCAAAAGCUUGAGGCAGUAGGGUUUUCCAGGUGUAGCUGAAGGUGCUGUGAGUUGACAGCUUUUUUAGAAGCUUGGGUCGAUGAUCAGCGUGAUAAAAGGAGUGAGAACCUUUUAUAACCCCCCCACCAACACAGACCGUUCACUUCUAUCUGUGUGGAUUAGUGAGAAGAGCUUGUGUCACAGGAAGAGGUUGAAACCUGAGCUGCUUGUAGAUCAUUUCUCAAAUGUUGCGUGUGUUUUAAUUCUAGUGAAAAGGUGAUGAGAAGAGCCCCUGCGAGCCUGUUCCCAGACUGUCUUGGACAAUCAGUGCCCUUUGCCUUCAGUACGCUUCCCCUGGAAACUUCGAGUCACUGCGCUGCGGUGCUUCUUAGUGGAUUGGCACUCGCUGUUGCUCUUGGAAUGAGAGAGUUGAGUUUUCAUAGUCUCUAAACAUUUGAGUUUCUCUACUUACAAUGCAGGGACAUUUAAGCUGGUUUAAGUACCUUGUGGUGUUUUGAGGUUGUUUUACAUGAAUCAGUGCCCUGGUUGGCGCUGGUUUCCUUACUCCACAGGAACCGGACAUGGAAUGUUCCCUGCAGCGUCUUGCCUCCUCUCGGUUUCCUGUCCCGCUGAACACUCCUCCUCCCUGAUCUGAGCUCUAGGACAGCUGAGGUUCCCAGCAGAUCCAGUGCCUCCUUCCUACCUCCCUUUCUUCCCAAUCCUUCACUUCGUUUGAAUGUUCCAGAUUCUCGCGUGGAGCCUAACUCAGGCUGGUAGGGCUGGGAAAGGGAGGAGCAACCAGGGUGUUCCAAAGUAUGUGUAAACAGGCGUUGGAGGAUCUGUUACUGUCUUUGGUUCAUAGGAUGAUAUGCUGGUGGUUUUGAUGUGGGCAACUUCUUUGCAAAAGAACUUCUAAACAUUACAAUAUUCUGUUCUGUUUUGUUUUUUAAUUGUUUAGCUUUCUGAGCUGAUAAUUCUCAUUGUCCAAUUCAGCAGGCAUCCUAGAUCAUAUCUGACACACUGGGUAAGUCUGGCAACCACUCAGCCUUUAAAGGUUUCUCUGAUGCAUACUUAAGUCCACUUUGUAGUUCACUUGCCACUUUUGAUAUCAAUAACUUGUCUUUUUGUACUAGAAUAACCUAGCCUUGUUUGAAAAAAAGGACUUGAAAAUCCUAACAGCUUAGUCUCAGAUGACUCAUCUGUGUUGUAUUUUAUUUGCCUGUUGGAUCCUUAGGGGAGCUUAAAUUGAACAGCGCUGGCUUGAUGCAGGAGAGGAGAUGAGUGAGGCUGUUGGGAUUGAGGGCUGAUGUUCAGAAGUGGCCGUUACCGGUUCAGCUUCCGCAGGCCGGUAAGCAAGAGGCGAAUCCACAGGGCUUGGCCCAUCAGCUCCUACAGAUUGAGCCGGAAUAGUUUGAAUUACUGCCCUUGCAGCAGCAUUUGUGAGAGAAGUGUGAAAAAGCCUCAGCUUUACUACUAAAUCCAUGAAUUUCAUUUCGAUUUGUGGGAGCUGGUUACUUUACCAGACUUUGCACAGAAGCAGCUGGGAAGGGUUCAUGCCUUCCAUCCCACCAGCUGCCAUUGGGAUUUAACACACAGCUGGAGGACAGUGGUCCGACCACAGCUCCAUCAGAGCCCUCUUGUAGUCUGACAACACAUAGGGACAGUUUUUAGGGAGAAAUACCAAGAUUCCCAUUUCAGUUAAGAUAUGAAUUAAACAGUUUAACAUGUGGCAGCACGCAAAGUCAGAUGCAAGAACAAGCUCCUUGCAGACUUUCUUUCUCUAAACAAAAUUGAUGUUGCCCUUCCCAUGAGAACUUUUGGCCAACGUACAGUUUACUAAAAACAUUCCACUCAAAGACAGUGUCGAAACAGCUCGGUGUCUGGACAGCCUAACUUGUGGGUGCCAGCUGUGAUUCCAUGGGUGAUGCACUAUUAUCUCCGUGUGUUCUGUUUGCAUGGUGAGUCUGGGCACUGUGAAUAGCACCAGUUUGCUCUAACUUUUGCUAUGCCAAUAAUGCAGAAUUUUUAAGUAGUUGGGGUCUUUUUUAGCCUUGACUUUAAGUGGACCAAUUGCAUUGCACGUGUUUUUUAACUGACGAGUCUAACUGUCCAUCAUAUCACAUGGAGGUGUUUGGGAGAAUUGUGUUAUUGACUCUGGCUGUGAUUUAGCCCACUAACCUGUGAAUCCCAAUCCAGAUUCCUCAUGGCCCUUGGCUGCUGUAGCCUGCUGGGUGUUUAUUAAAUAAUCCUAUAAAUGAAAGCCUGGGAAUUCUUUCCGUGAGUUUAUAGUGGCUCAAUAGGUGUCGGUAAGAUCCUAGUGUGUUUUCCAUAUUGGAAGGCUGACUUCUGGCCUUCCUGAUGUAGCAGAACAUCAGGUGAAGGUUUUUCUCUCCUCCUUACGACAAUCAAACCUCUGUAUCCACACUGAAUACCUGCCACAUGGUGCAUGUUUCCUGUCCCCUUCCCAUUUAAAUCAUUAGUGAAGUCAGACUCGUCCUGCCUAGCCCUCGGCGGUCAUUGUAGUCAUUCCUUGGUGCCGUAUGCGUCCAUUAUAUUUUUAUAACUACCUGAACACCCUGUUAGUGCACUGGGGUUGUGUGUGAUGAGACUUUCUUGCACACAGUAGGAUAUGCUCCAGAAACGGAUAAAACACACCAGCUCUUUAGCAUGCGUUAUGAAUAACUAUGCCAAACAGUCUGCUGUACUACUUUGAUACAGUUUUUCUCCAUGACACUUAAAUGUUAAAACCUGAACUGUUGGCUCACCUUGUGCAUCACGGAAUGGGCUGAUCUACUGAGUCACAAAGAAUUGCAAUUUUAGGUUAUUUUUAACACAGCCCUGUUGAUGUUAGAACAUUCAAUGGGCUUAUAAAAAGCUUAAAAUAAGUGGUUUAUGGCUCAGAUUUAUUUUCACCUUACCUUGGAGGAUAUAUCAUCUCUCCAAUUUGGCAGUCCUGAGCAGAAGUCUGAUAACACAGAUGCUCCUGAGGAUCUAAUCCUGUUACUAAUACGAAUGUAAAGUGUGGAACUAACAAGAUGUUUGAAGACCACUAAUAGUCAGGCGCUCCUCGCAGGUCCGUGUGACAGUGGAUCAUGGCAGCGGCGCUCUCCUGUCGAUAUUAAUGUAGACUUCACUCGGGGAAGCAGCACUCCUGUACUUCCAGUCAGGUAAAGUGGUGUGUGUGUGUGUAGGCUGUUGGAAUCAAAUCCUACUGUCACGUUCUUUACCUUCAAUACACUGUACUAAAAUCUAUUG